UGUGUGUGUGUGUGUGUGUGUGCGUGCGUGCGUGCGUGCGUGCGUACUGUGUGUCUGUGUGCGUGUCUGUGUGUGUGUGUAAAGAGGCCCAUGUGCAGGAGGAUGAUUUGUGUUGGAGUGUUAAGGCAUGCAAGCAAAGUUAAGAUCCUUCUAGUUGCAGUGCUAAGGUCUGACAUGUGAGUCAUUUAACGGAUCCUCACACACAAACUCCGCUCCAAACUAUCGCCGAAGCUCUUAUUCACUUUUCAUUCUGUGCAUGAAUUUGUGAAUAAAGCACAAUGAAGUCAAGAGACGGCAUCUUCAGGACCUGCCUCAGAGGGAUUUACAGUUGCUCCUGGAAGCGUUCUAGAGAAAGCAAACAAAAUUGUGUAUGCUGCUGGUUCAGUUUUCUCUCACUGGUUACCCUUCUGAGCCUAGGUUGGAUGUAUAUCUGUUUUGUUGCAUACAAUGAGCACGAUGACGUCAACUGGAAGGCCUUUGACACCCUCAGUGUUUGGGUGAACUGGUACAUGAUUGUUAUUAUCCUGUCUGCCGUAUUGGCUUCUUACUGCCUCCUGUUCCUGGUGUUUUCAUUAGUCCAUAUUUCCUUAAAAGAACCUUUGGCCUUACACUGGCUGCAUAAGGUUUUGUUGGUGGUCGGACUGGUUAUAAUUGUGCUUGGCAUAACUGGAAUGAGCCACCUUUGGAAAGAAGAAUGGUUCGCUAUCUACUUAUCACUGCAGGCCACAGCUCCAUUUCUGCAUUUGGGUGCUGUUGUGGCUUUGACUAUCAUUAGCUGGGUUGUGUUCCAGAGUUACUACAGAGCUCAGAGAUGUGUUUCUAAGGUCUCCAUCAUUGGGGUAUUCAUGGCAGUGUUGGUCAUGGUUUUCCUCAGUCCUCUCUUCAUUUGUAGUCCAUGUCUUAUUGAUACACUUCCCCCAAAACCCAGACUUGUGGCCCAUCGUGGUGCACCUGUGCUGGCUCCAGAAAACACUAUCAUGUCGUUCAAUAAAAGUGUGCAGUGCAACCUGGCAGCCUUUGAGACAGAUGUGCAGCUCAGCAAGGACAAAGUUCCUUUCCUAAUGCACGACCAUGGUAAAAAGUUUUUGCAGAGGACAACUAAUAUUGAUGUUAUGUUCCCAAAUCGAACAUACAACAGUAGCAGUGACUUCACUUGGGAAGAACUACAGAGGUUAAAUGCUGGUGAAUGGUUUAUCAAGACAAACCCAUUUUGGUCAGUGUCUUCCCUUUCGGAGAAAGACAAGACUCUUGCUUGUGAACAGAAAAUACCAUCCCUUGAUCAACUCCUACAGCUUGCAAAAGAGCACAACACUUCUCUUAUAUUUGACUUGGUGAAUAAAAAUGAAGAUGACUGCAAUAUCACGGUUAUGACCAUACUGAAAUCUGGCAUAUCGCAAAAUUUGAUAUGGUGGCUCCCUCCACAGUGUAGACAAUAUGUUAAGAAGCAGGCUCCAGGUUUUCUUCAAUUCUACAGCAAUACGUCUUCAAUGAAAAUCGAAUAUGGACAGUUUCUUAAUGUGAAAUACAGUGCACUGAAAACGAAAGAGAUUGGGAACAGUAACAUGACUGUCAACCUUUGGGUGGUGAACGAGCGCUGGCUUUUCUCGUUACUGUGGUGCGCAGGGGCCAGCUCAGUGACCACCAACAGAUGCCAUCUACUCAAGGACAUGUCUCAGCCUGACUGGCAUCUGGCUCCUCAUGUGUACAGGAUUAUAUGGAUCACUGCUGAUGUGGUGUCAUUGCUGGUGAUAUUCACCCUGUUUUUUGUUCAAGGGAAAGCAAGAAACCAGAUUUUUGUCCUGGAAUCAGAAAGAACUGUCCCCCUUCUUAACUUCUGAGUUCACUGAAGAAAGAAUUAAUCCUAUACCAUAAUAAUAAAAUGAGUAGUUUGAAUCAUAGCUACAGAUGGGACUAAUGGUACUAAUACAUGGCCUUCAGGCCUUCCAGCCUUAAGUUUGUAAAAAAUAGAUUAAAAAAGGGGAAUUUUUUUUACUGGACAAACUGUGCAAAGAUGAUUUGUCCACUUUGAUAGGAGCACAUAUAUACCUGUUCAUUUAUGUAAUUAUCCUCAGACAUUUUUUUUAGCAGCUGCAUAGUUCAUAAAAUCAGGCAGAUGCAGGUCAAGGACUUCAGUUAAUGUUCAUAUCAAAAAUCAGAAUGAAGACAAAAUGUGAUCUGUGACUUUAAACAUGGUAUUUGGCUUGUUUGAGUAGUUAAGAACUGUUACAGUCUCUAGAGUAUACAUAGAUUGGCAAAAAAAACAAUAAAACACACUGGGCAUGUUUGUUUUAGUGGAGGGUGAGUGGUUGUAUAUAAUUGUUUAUAAUACUAAUAAAAAGCAUUAAGUUUUCUGCAUUAACAACAUGGUCCCCAAAGGGUUUGGUACUUGGCUAAUGUCUACAUCAUGACACUGUGUUAAUAUUCCAAUAAUACUAAUGAAUGUGUUUUUAAUUAAUUAACUAACAAGUAAGUAAAGAAAGAAAGAAUAAAGAGGGAAAGAAACCACAGUGCAGUUCCACAAUGCAGAAAUUAGCUUCAGGCAUACAUCUCAACUUGCAGAACUGUCACAGAUCUGAAUAGUGAAGCUGUAAAAUAUAACAGACAUGAGAGAGAACAAAUGGAAUGUGUAAAAACACCUUGAAUUUAAUAUAGCAAACAUUUCAAUCUCAUUCUGAUAUAUAUGGCCUUUCAACUUGGUGGCAAAUUGUAUGUGUGUGUUUGUAUGAAUGGAAAAUCUUUUACAUUUUUUCUACAAGUAUUUCUUUUUACAAGUAGUUUAACCAAAUUCUAGGAUGAUGUGACUGUGAUAUGAGUUUUUACUACCACAACUGGUUUAAUGAUAUUUCAAUCCUCUGCUUAUGUUUUAAAGUCUUGUCUAGUCUAAACUGGUAAAUUGUAUAUAUGAAUGUUUGCACUGAUCUAAUUAUGUCUGUGACUAUGUUUUGGAACCUGAAUUAUAUAGCAUUUCAGAUUCUGCUGAACUAAAGUAUUUAGGUGACUUAGGAUGGAUUUAGUGUUUUUGUAUUUCUAUUUGACUUAAACAUCCUAUCCGAAUCUCAAACAUGUACAAAUCGAGCCACGGAGAGAAUUAAAUGCCUAAUGUAUCUGUGGUAUUGCUGUACAUCAUACCAAAUGACUAGGUUUUUCUA